UUCCAGCAAAUACAGAAAGACUAUGAGGAAAUUGUUAGAGAAGAAUAUUGUCGAAGUUUAUCAACUGGAACUCCAUUGCCUUCUACUAAAGCAUUAAUUGAUAAACGAAGAACAAUCAUGACACCUAACUUCUCAAAUAAUUCUUUAAUGGAAAGAUUUCAUUCCCAAGAAAUCGUAACAUCACCUGACAAGAAUAUAAUGUCUAAGCCAGGAAGAAAAACUAUCAAUAUUGUAACUCCUGUCAAAUCUUCCUCGAAAUCCUCAUCUGUGAUUACCCAAGGUGAUUCUGAUUUAGAAGCUUUCAUCGGUGGUAAAGCAAUACAGAAGACGGUCGUUGGUAUUUUUGAUCCACAAAAUAGAAUAAUUAUGGAGGCAGGAAAUGAUGUUGGGUUUGAUUCAAAUGUGUCGGUUGAUCAAUGUGUUCCAAAAGAAAAAAUAAAUGAUACUCAUAAUGACAAUAACAAUACCCAAAUUUCUUCAAAGGAAAAUAGUCCACCAGACACUCCUCAUGAUUUCUAUACUAAGAAAACGCCUAAAAAGAGACAAUCUAGAAUAAAUAGAAAUAUAUUCAGCAAUACAUCCUCUGAAAAUUCUAUCAACGGCGAUGACAGUUUAUGUAAGAGACGAACAAGAUCACUUCGACGCACGACUGAUGUUAUUCACAAUCAGUUGCCUCGAACUAGUAACGACACCAAAAAAAAGAAGUCACCACAAGCUUCAAGUGAUGCUUCGAAUUUAGAUCCGACAUCUUCAAUAAAAAUUAAUGAGAACAUUGGCAUGCCAGCCAGAAGUAAAAAACAUUUGAUUAAAGAAAUUGUUGAUAAAACGGGCAGCACUAGUAUGUCUACCCUACAACUGUCAAACAAUCCCCUAGUGAACUCGUGUACUACAAAUAUGUCUUCGUUACAGAUAUCUUCAGAUACUGAUAAAAACAUUCCAGAUUUCAACUCAAAUAAUAACUCUUUCAGUCCAAUUCAGUCAAAUGUUAUGAACAGUCUUUUAGAACUGUUGGAUAACAGUUUACAGUCUAGUGAUAAUAUCACAAGACGUAAAAAAUCUGGUUCAGAAAAGUUCGUCUCUGGUGUACAAGAAAGGCAUAGUAGUUUCACAGAGAAAGGUGAAAUAAACUAUGAAAGUAAUAAUAGUAGAGCUAUUAAAAUCAGUUCAAGAAAUCGCAGUAAGAGAUCGCUAAAUUUCUCCAGAAUAUCAAAAGAAAACUCUUCGUUUGAUGUAAAAUCAAAAACUCCACAACUUGAAAACUCUAUGUCAAUUGGCAGAGAAAAGCAUGGAAAAAGUAAAGAAAACAAUACAGAAUCAAAAAUUGAGAAAAAUCAUUCUGAAACCCCCGGCGGGUCAGAAACCACACAAAAUAAAUAUAAUGAAGGCAUACUUGACAGUGGUGAAAAUGAAAAUAUUAAAAUUUGUACCCGAGAACCAAUGAGGGUUUCCGAAAUUCACGAAAAUAGUAAUUCACUAUCAUCUAAAUCAGACAAAGAAUCAUAUUCUGGUAAAAGAAAAAAUUCUGCGAGCAGAAUUGGUAGAAAAUUAUAUGAUCCCAAUAGUCUUUCUCAAAAGAAAUGUUUUAGGAAUGACCUCGACUCGCAAGACAUCAAAUUAAAUGCUGAAAACUCUUGUACUUCCAAACCUGAAGUUACCUUAUCUGUUAGGGCUAAAAAUUUCGUAGAUAAGCAUAAUAUAAAUGUUGACAAAAUUUUGGAUCAACAUUGUGAAAAGUUCGAUAAUGAUCCAAAACCACCAAAAAAGAGAAAAGAGAAUGAACCAGUGGAAAAAUAUAUUUCUGGUAAUGGACAAGAACAAAAUGAAUUGAGGAAUAGCAAAAAUGUUGCAGAGAAAUGUGAUGACAAAAAUUUGACGAAUAUUCCUAAUAAAUCAUUAAUUGAAAUCACUGACGCUACAAAAGAAGCUGUUGACGCUAAAAAGGGAGAUUACAACAAAAAUGAGGUGAAAAUUGUGAAAUCAAAGAAACCACGAGCUGUUGAAAAACCUGUCAAUAGACGAUGUUCACUGAGACUAACUCAGCGUUUCAGAAAAACUGACAUUACUCCUUCUGCCGAAAAAAAAGUUGAAAGAGACAUGUUGAAGGAAAGUCGAAGAAGUACUAGAGAGUUUGACGAUAAAGUUGAUACGAAAAAGAAGAAAAUAAAAGACGAUAAGUUACAACAACCUAGUAUAGUAUGUACUAAAAUGCAUAAAGAUGAAAUUGGGGUGUUUAGUCAGAUUGUAAAAAAACUAGGUGGUUUCAUAAUUGAAGAUGAAGUUACCAAAAAGACAACACAUUUAGUAGCUGGAGAGGCAAAAAGAACCAUAAAUAUGUUGAGGGCAAUCACUACUGGAUGUUGGAUAGUUAACCAGAAGUGGUUGUUCCAAUCACUGGAAGCUGGAAAAUGGCUACCAGAAGAAGACUUUGAGUUGAACGAUUUUUCACCUGCUGUCCAGCAAUGCCGUCUCCAACGUCAAGCCUUCGGACCAUCCUAUUCAAUGGACAUUUUUCAAGAUUGUGGUAAUAUAUUCAUUGCUAGAGAGAGCAUUCCAAGAUGUUCGGACUUGAGAGAAUUAGUGACAUUAUGCAAAGGGAAAUUUACAGCUAAUGCAAGAAAAGCAAAAAUAAUAGUUGGAGAGUCGUUGAGGUAUGAGGGAGUAAUAUGUGUCAAAGAGAAUUGGAUACUAGAUUCAAUAACAUUCAACAAGAAAAUGUCUUUUAAAAAAUAUAUUAUUUCUUGAAAUAUUUCAAUGGUAACAUUUAGUUUGAUGUAUUCUGACUAGUCAAUCUUUAUUUUUUAUUUAUAUUUUCAUAUUGCCCUGUUAUAUCAAGAAAUAUAUCUCCAUUAAUUUUA